GAUAAUGAUAGUUCUAAACAAAAAUGGAUUUUUGAGAAAGAACCUAAUCUACCCAAAAUUUUAACACCACCAAUACCAAAAAACUACAUUACUAAUGGUUUUAUGAGUCUGUCUAGUGAGAGUUCUUACUUCUCAGAUGAAACAUUGUGA